AUGUAUAGCAACGCGGGGAUAACCAGCUCGUCUGCGCAGACAGUGCUGGAGCUCGACCUGUCCGGGUACAACAGCGUGAUGGCAGCGUGUGUGAAGCACCCAACACUUGCGAUGGUGGGGAAGGAGGUGAAGGGAAGCAUAGUGUGCACAGCGAGCUUCAUGGAGGACUACAGGACGGAGAACAUGACUGACUGCACGAUGUCGAAGCACACGAUGCUGGGGCUGGUGAGGUCAGCGAACAUGCAGCUAGUGCGGCGUGGUGUGUGCGUGAACUGCGUGUCGCCGGGUAUGGUGGCGACGCCGCUGAUGUGCGACAUAUUAAAGAUUAGUGAGGAAGAGCUGUGGGAGACGAUGGCGGUGGUUUAUUCGGGAAGGGAUGAACAGCUGAUGGAGAAGCACGUGGCGGAUGCGGUGGUGUUUUUGGCUUGUGAGGACUCGGCGUUCGUCACCGAUCAUAAUUUGGUUGUUAAUGGUGGACUCGGCACCAAGUCCAUAGCUAUAUUGAAACAAUGA